AUGGUUCGCGUCCCGCACCUGGAGCCCGGAGCGGCGCGUUCCUGCGUGUCGCUUGAGGACGAGAGCGGCUCCCCAGGGGCGCCCAAAAGUGCGAAGUCUGCCGCUGCCCUACAGGUGGCACAGGCUCGAUGCGCAGGGAAGCGGGAUGGGCGCCGUGCCUUCCUGCGCUGCGUCUCCGUGGCGCUGCCGGAGGGGCGAGGGGGCCUUUCCUCGUCGCUUCUGCUCCCCCGCGACAGGCGCUGUUGCACAUGGGAGCGCAGCCACCCACUCUUUCGCCGAAUCGGGCUGCUGGGGCGCUCCGGCACGACCCGAAGCCUGCCGUGGACAGCGACCAGAGCUCUCGGGGUGGGGGGAAGCACCCUCCCACAAUUAUUCCCGGGCCCCCACAUCUCCAGCUGGGUGCGAAGCUGCCGUUUUGAACAAUGGGGUGUGUUUCGUGGUCAGUCGAGGCACCUUUCUGCCUGCGGACAUUUCAAGCGGCUGGGCAACCGGGUGCAGAGACGGAGGCGUCCUGGCCUGGCUGUCAGUGCCGCGGCUGUGGGAAGAGGAGACCUGCCACCUCCCUUUCGGCCCCCGUGGGAAAGAAACAAACGGAAGACAGGUGCUCUUUGGAGCACCUCCAAAAAUGGGUACAUUGGGAGCCUGGACGUGCCUAGACCCAACAGCCGCGUGGAGAUCGUGGCGGCGAUGCGCAGGAUCCGGUAUGAAUUCAAGGCCAAGAACAUCAAGAAGAAGAAGGUCAACAUCGUCAUCUCGGUGGACGGGGUGAAGGUGAUCCUGCGCAAGAAGCAAAAGAGGAAGGAACGAGCUUGGGACGAGGGCAGGAUGGUGGUGAUGCACGACCCGGUCUACAGGAUCUUCUAUGUCUCGCACGACUCGCAAGACCUGAAGAUCUUCAGCUACAUCGCCAGGGACGGCGCCAACAAUUCCUUCCGAUGCAACGUCUUCAAGUCCAAGAAGAAGACGCAGGCCAUGCGCGUGGUGCGCACAGUGGGCCAGGCGUUCGAGGUGUGCCACAAACUCAGCCUGCAGCACGCGCUGCAGAACGCGGAUGGCCAGGCCGACGGCGCCAGCAACAACUCGGCGGACGACCCCCACGUGGAAGGUUUGCAGCUGGCCGGGCCGGCCAUGGCGGAUGGAGAACACGCCCGAGCGGACUCUGACGGGACGUACCUCUCCGACUGCGGCGCCUGCGAGCUGCCCUUGGCGCUGCCCGACCUGGGGGCUCCGAACGGCGGGCCAGGCCUCAAGGACAGGAGCGGCCAGGACAAUGAGAAGGGCUCCCUCUGCCCCUCCGCCGGGCAGCCCCUGGGCAGCCCCGGCAGCCCCUGCUCGUCAGCCUCGGCCACCCCGCUCGCCUCCCAGCACUGCCUGCAGCUGCUUCAGCACCAGCUCCUCCAGCAGCAGCAGCAGACGCAGGUGGCGGUAGCCCAGGUGCAGCUGCUGAAGGACCAGCUGUCCGCCGAGACCACGGCCCGCAUCGAGGCCCAGGCCCGCGUGCGGCAGCUGCUCCUGACCAACCGCGACCUCCUCCAGCACGUCUCCCUGCUGGUGCGGCAGCUCAAGGAGCUGGAGAUCAAGGCACAGCUGCGGCACCCCGCCGAUCGCUCGCUGCAGAACCUCACCCUGGCCCAGUCCCUCUCCCUCAACCUGAAGAACCACUACAGCCUCGAGAUCAGCCUGCCGUCCACCUCGACGCCCUCCAGCCUCCUGGGCAGCCCCGUGGCCCUGCCCCGCACGUGCGAAUCCUACCUGAACCUGGCCAGCCUGGAGGCGGGGGGCGUGGAGCCGCAGGAGCACCUCGCGGUGCUGGAAGGGCCGGAAGGCCUCCGCAGCGUCGAGGGCUCGGAGGCCGCC